GAAAUACCAAUGUUCUGUUUUUCCUCAUGAAAAAAGAAAAGAAAAGAAAAUGACCAAUGCUGUGUUACUCUGCUGUCACCCACCAGACUCCAUUCCAUUUCAACUUUCUAAUGCAUUUCAAAUCCGUCGCCCUUCACUGGUUAUAACAUUACGAUUCUACUUUCCUUUCUCUACCAUUCUCUCUCUGUUCCAAAAAUAAGCUUUUGGGUCCUUGUGAGCCUUUAUAUGUUGAGUGUUGUAGCUUCUUGAUAGAAUGUUCCAGGGAACGGACAAUGCAGUCUGCCAUGGAAGGAUUAGUCUCCCAACUUGUCAAGAAUAUCUUUGGGAAGCCAAACAUUCUGAUAAAGUCUUCAAAUCAGAAGGUGGUCCAGACUCUUGUCUGCAAAAUGCUGGUUUAGAAAGCCACUCCCCAGGUGUCUAUAAAGAAUACUGUGGUGCUGAGAUGUCAGAUUUGUCUUGUGAGAGCACUCCAAGGCUUGGAUACAAGGAUAACCGCAGUUCUCUUUUGCUUGAUCAUAUGUCAGUACAAGAACGACAAUUGGUCUUUAGGAACAUGUUCAGAUAUGAAACACCAGUAAUAGACAAGCAGUGGCCGAAGCACAGUAUUUCACCUGGUUUGCAAAAUUUUUUUGGGUUAGAAAGUGGUUCAAACCUCGCAGAAUGUGGUCUAAUGACCACAAAAAAUGAAGUAAAAACUGUUCUCUCGUCUAGCAUUGAGUUCUUUGGAAAGGAUACUGGCACAAUCAAAGGAUCACUAAGUGAUGAAGGUAUGUCCAGAGAUCUGCAGGUAAAAUGGAAGAAGCUUGCUGACCUUGAAUCUUUGAAGACCUCAAAUUCUAGGGUUAGUGAAAUUGAACUGUGCUCGUCGGAUGAAAGGGACAAAGCAGGAGCAUUUGCCAUGCAAAAGAGAUCACGAAGGCCUCCCAGGAGAUACAUUGAAGAAUUAGCAGAGUCUAAAUCAAAAUUUUAUAGUAGAAAAUGUGGAGUGGCUUGUAAGAGGUCCAAGAACAGCUUUCUGCAUGUUAGAUCUGACAAAAAUAAUAGGCAGAAGGAGACUCAGGAAGAAACAUUGCUUUGUCAAGAUAAAUCUUAUGAAGUAGGUUGUAUUCAAGUUCCAUUUGGCCUUCCAGUGGAAGCGGGCCAGUUAGAGGAACAUAACUCAUCUCUGAACUCUGAGGAUUGCAAGGACCACAGACUCCUAAGAUCCAGUGAGAAACUUGAGAUUGAGUAUUCUCCAGCAAAAUCGCGGGAGGAAAUUUCUGAUGAUGAGUGUGUCUUGAGGAGAAGUACUCAAAAAGAUAGCAAACAGAUAAAGCAUUACACAUCUUGGACUUCUUCUGAAGUGAUGAAGUUAAUUGAAGGUGUUUCUCAGUGUGGAGUUGGAAGGUGGAGUGCAAUGAAGAGAUUACUGUUUUCUUCAUGUUCACAUCGCACAGCUGUUGAUAUUAAGGACAAAUGGCGUAAUUUGUUAAAAGCUAGCUGCACUCAGUUGCAGAAAGAGAGAAAGAUUAAGAGAGAUAUAAGCAAGCAAGCAUCAGAUCAUGUCCCGGAAUCUGUUUUGCAGCGCGUUAGGGAGUUGGCCGUCAUUUAUCCGUAUCCAAGGCGAAAAAGUCAACAGGGAAACAGUUCUGUGUAUGUCUUUUUCUCAUCCUUAUCUCAAGUAGUCGUUGUCAUUUGGUCAGCGCUUAUUAUUGCGGUACGGGUUACCAACUUGGCAAUUUACCUGCUUAUUUGUGUUGUUUGGCUUUUGGCUUUUGACUUUUUAAUGGAUUUUCUUUAUCCUUUGACUUUCCAAAGUUGUAAAACUUCAGACCACUCAAAUAUCAACCUUCAAAGUGUGAUUGCGGUUCUACUACAAUGGUGUGUUUUUUUUUUUUUUUUUCCUUACACAAAUGAUAGGAUAUUUUCAAAGAUACCGCGAUACCGCGAUCGAACUGGCCAACUACAAUGCUUGGAGUCAACUUUUUGCAUCCAAGGAAUUUGCUGCAAUAAUAACUCUGAGGAUUGCAAGGACCACAGACUCCUAGGAUCCAGUGAGAAACUUGAGAUUGAGUAUUCUCCAGCAAAGUCGCGAGAGGAGAUUUCUGAAGAUGAGAGUGUCUCGAGGAUAAAUACUCGAAAAGGUAGCAAACAGACAAAGCUUUAUACAUCUUGGACUUCUUCUCAAGUGAUGAAGUUAAUUGAAGGUGUUUCUCAGUGUGGAGUUGGAAAAUGGAGUGAAAUGAAGAGAUUACUGUUUUCUUCAUGUUUGCAUCGCACAGCCAUUGAUUUAAUCUCUUUGGAUUUUCAGGACAAAUGGCGUAAUUUGUUAAAAGCAAGCUGCACUCAGUUGCAGAAAGAGAGAGAUCAAGAGAGAUAUAAGCAAGCGAGCAUCCGAUCACGUUCCAGAAUCUGUUUUGCAGCGCGUUAUGGAGUUGGCCGUCAUCUAUCCAUAUCCAAGGCAAAAAAAGGUCCGCUCGUAAUACUCAUGCAAUGUCUUCGUUUUCCACCACCAAGAGUAAUGCACGGCCCCCCUCUCAACUGCUGUUAAAAGGGUCAGAGCAAAUAGAUUGCUAGAAACCUCAGUGAACUUCACAAUGCAUGUGAGAUCUUUUUGUAUUUGAAGAAUGAAAAGAAAUAAAUGAAAGAAUUUAGCCCUUUGGCAUAUUUCACCGUCAA